CGUAUCUGUGGUUCUCGGCCCCUGGGACAAGGAGUGCACAGGACUGAAUUGCUACUACCGAAGCAGCAAACAUCUAAAGAUGCCUUCGAGACUGAAUAGAGCGAAGGGAGAAACUGGAGAAAAUAAUGAAGUUUAACUGCGAAGAACUGCUUUCUGCCAACACCUGAAAAAGUCGUCACAGUUUCGUGCCCUCAUGGCGCCCAGGGACCUGGGACCUUGAGGCCUUCGCGGGGACGAGCUGUGGCAGCCAAGCCACCAGAGUGAGGUCACCAUGGCCAGCAAGAGGAAGUCCACCCCGCCCUGCAUGAUCCCCGUGAAGAUGGUGGCACUGCAGGCAGCCGGUGCAGAGGCUCAGCCCGCUGCCCAGGCUCCAGCCGAGGGUCCUCAGCUGGCUCCGCCCCUGGAAGGCCCCGCAGCGGCCAGUGAGGUGGCCCAGGGCGCCAGCAGCACCGAGGGCCCUGCGCUGGCCAAUGGGCACCGGGGCGCCUUGGACGGCUACUCCUAUGCCUGCAGACAUUGUGACUUCAGGACCCAGGACGUGACCCAGUUUGUGGGACACAUGAACACGGAGCACACCGACUUUAAUAAAGACCCAGCUUUUGUGUGCACCAAGUGCAGCUUUCUGGCGAAAACCCCCGAGGGGCUUUCCCUGCACAAUGCCAAGUGCCACUCGGGGGAAGCCAGCUUUGUGUGGAAUGUGGCCAGGCCAGACAAUCAUGUUGUCGUGGAACAGAGCGUCCCCGAGAGCGCCGGCUUCGCCGACCUCCCUGGGGAGCCCGGCGCGGAAAUCAUCAUCACCAAAACCCCAAUCAUGAAGCUAAUGAAAGGCAAAGCCGAGGCCAAGAAAAUCCACACGCUCAAGGAGGCCCUCCCGAGCCCGGCGGCGGCUGGCGAGGCGCCGCCCACCCACUCGGGUGGGGACAAGGAGGUGAAAGAGGGGGACCACGCCUUCUCCAACGGGCCCGUUCCCCUUAGCCAGGCGCCUGCCAACGCCGCAAAGCCGCCCCAAGCAGCCAGCGAGCCCCUGGCGGGCACAGUCCCCGUUCUGCCCGCUGGGAUAGCGCAGUUCCUCUCGCUGCAGCAGCCCCCGCCGGUGCACGCCCAGCACCACGCCCACCAGCCGCUGCCCACGUCCAAGUCCCUGCCCAAAGUGAUGAUCCCCCUGAGCAGCAUUCCCACGUACAACGCGGCGAUGGACGCCAACAGCUUCCUGAAGAACUCCUUCCACAAGUUCCCCUACCCCACCAAAGCCGAGCUCUGCUACUUGACCGUGGUGACCAAGUAUCCCGAGGAACAGCUCAAGAUCUGGUUCACCGCCCAGAGGCUGAAGCAGGGCAUUAGCUGGUCCCCAGAGGAGAUCGAGGACGCCCGCAAGAAGAUGUUCAAUACCGUCAUCCAGUCGGUGCCCCAGCCCACAAUCACCGUGCUCAAUACCCCCCUGGUGCCCAACCCUGGCAACGUGCAGCACCUCAUCCAAGCUGCGCUCCCAGGACAUGUCGUGGGACAGCCGGAGGGCGCGGCCGGGGGGCUUCUGGUCACUCAGCCGCUGGUGGCCAAUGGGCUGCAAGCCCCCAGCUCCUCUCUCCCCCUCGCGGUGACGUCUGUCUCCAAGCAGCCCACCACCGUGGCCCCCGUGAACACGGUGUGUGCCAACACGUCGUCUUCGUCGGCGGCCUUGAAGGUGGUGACCGCAGCGCAGUCCCUCCUCACGGCGUGCCCGGGCAUCACUUCCCAGGCUUUCCUGGACGCCGGCCUCUACAAGAACAAGAAGUCUCACCAGCAGCUGUCGGCGCUGAAAGGGAGCUUCUGUCGGAACCAAUUCCCCGGGCAGGGCGAGGUGGAGCAUCUGACCAAAGUGACCGGCCUCAGCACCAGAGAGGUGCGGAAGUGGUUCAGCGACCGGCGGUACCACUGCCGCAACCUGAAGGGCUCCCGACCCAUGGUGCCCGGCGACCAGGCCACCAUCCUCAUGGACGCCGCCCCGGACGUGCCCUUCGCCCCGCCGCCCAAGCCACCCCCAGAGGUGACCUGUGUCUCCCCGGCGGCCGCCGCGCUGGUGACCCACCCGGCGGUGAAACGGCAGUCCUGGCACCAGACCCCUGACUUCACCCCGGCCAAAUACAAGGAGAGAGCCCCAGAGCAGCUCCGGGCCCUGGAGAGCAGUUUCGCGCAAAACCCGCGCCCUCUGGACGAGGAGCUGGACCGCCUGAGAGGUGAGACCAAAAUGACCCGGAGGGAGAUUGACAGCUGGUUCUCGGAGAGGCGGAAGAGGGGCGGUGCCGCCGAGGAGAGCAGGGAGGAGAGCCACCCCCAGGUGGAGGAGGUGGCCAGGGAGGACGGCGGUGCGGAGGAGGAGCCCGGUGACAGCGGCUCCCUGGAGGGACCGAGCAGCCAGUCCCUGGCCGAGCGCAAGGUCAGCCCCAUCAAAAUCAACCUCAAGAACCUGCGGGUCACAGAGGCCAACGGCCAGGGCGAGCUCCUCGCGCUGGGCACCCCCUGUGAGGCCGAGGAGGACUGGGCCAGCAAGCCGGCCGAGCAGCCCCCGGGCAAGGGGAGCUGCAGAAAGACGGCCCAGCAGCGGCACCUGCUGCGGCAGCUCUUCGUCCAGACGCAGUGGCCCAGCAGCCAGGACUACGACGCCGUCAUGGCCCAGACGGGUCUGCCCAGGUCGGAGGUGGUGCGCUGGUUCGGGGACAGCAGGUACGCCCUGAAGAACGGCCAGCUCAAGUGGUACGAAGACUACAAGCGGGGCAACUUCCCGCCGGGGCUGCUGGUCAUUGGCCCCGGCCUGCGGGAAUUGCUGCAAGACUAUUACGUCACGCACCAGACGCUCGGCGACGAGGAACUGCAGACCCUCUGCGACAAGACCCAGAUGAACGCCCAGCAGGUCAAGCAGUGGUUCGCUGAGAAAAUGGGCGAGGAGACCCGGGCAGUGGCGGCGGACAUGGGCAGUGAGGAGCAGGGCCCCAGCAGCGGUGAGCCCGCGGCAGUGCACAAAGGGACAACAGUCGACACCUGUUCAGAGGUGUCUGAGGAGUCGUGGGGGGAGCCUAGUGCCCCUGAGGCCAGCUCGGAGCCCUUGGACACCUCCAGUCCCCAGGCUGGACUCCAGCUGGAAACAGACUGAAUUGGAACCGAUUACUGUGAAGGACUGGCCAGUCUGGGAUGCCGUCUACCACAUGGAAGGGCCAAGCCCAACUCUGCUGCCGUCCCCAUGCCCCGCCCCUGGGCACUGAGACGUGUCCAGUGGUCUCACAGCCAGCCAGAGCCACCACCAUCGGCUGCUACCCGCACCCCCUACUCCGAAGGAGCACAUGGGCGUUCACACCCCUCCUCCCGCCCAACUGUAGGACCCUUCCUCUGCCUUCCAGCGCGUAAGAUAGUUCAUAUUCCCUCUUCAUGAACACAGAAUCAGCUCUCAUAAGAUACACAUCCACUUAAACACAGUUAAUAAAAGCAUCAGGUUAUAAAGUCAUUACAUAGAAACUUUGGUUAGCAAACAGCGCACCCUCUUGGAUCCCUUCUCUGAAAAUACCGUGUCUGUGCCCCACCCCCACCCAGCGGUGCUGUAGGGUCCCGCACGUAGCCUAGCACCAGAGUGGGCGAGGGUCCUCACACUCCGCUUUGCCUGGCGCCCCCGUGCGUCAUUGUGCUCUCUGUCCCUCAGGGAGCCUCUGCUCUCCCCAGCCGGUGGGCUGGGUCUGCUCUCAUGGGCACCUCAAGUCACGGACAACUCCCGCCACCAGACCCACCAAGAACGUGCUCGUUAAGCCCGGUGCACGGAUCCGCGUGCCUGCCAGUGUCUCCCACCCCAACCCUCGGAGCAGGGAGCCCUGCGACGACGGCAAACGAGGGGCAGGAAGACAAGUGAAGCUGUGUGGCCAGGGCCGACCGUUGAUCACCUGGUUUCUUGGAGCCCUGGCCCCAUGCCCACGUGGUCUCCCCUGGCUGGAGAAGAACCAGCAGGCCCAGCAGUGGAUGUGACCAGAGAUGGUGCAGCCUUCAGCAAAGACCAGUGUGUGUGGAUGGCUUGCAAAAUGCUCACACUGCCCGCCGGCCCUCCACACCAAGGGCCCACCCUACAGUGGACGUCAUGAGAUGGCAUUGGGAGGUGUGCAGCAGUGGUCCAUCUGUAUCCCCAGACCUGGAAACAUGUCUCCUCCAGCUCCUGUAGCCUGGGCCCUCGUGUCCAGGUUGGACGUGAGACCACGUGAGUGUGCCGUGAUCCCACUUGCAGGGCUGCACAGAGGUGGUGGGACACAGGCAGCCAUCCCCACACCUGCUUCCUGUCAGGCCACCUGUCCUGGGACAUGGGAAGGGGCCAGGUGAGUGGGCGGCACUAGCAGAUCCCAGGGCUUUAAGUGAGAGACACUGGUAGUCCUUUGGGCUCUGUCCUCUCGUCUCCCAGGAGACCGGACUGGGCAGGACCAGUCACUGGCCUGGUCCAGAGGAUGGUGGGUAGACGGGCAUGGUAGAUAGCCCUGCCUUCCAGAAGGUAGGAAACUGUCAGUUAAGUUUCUCCUCUUACCUGAUGACCUGUGAGCACUUGGCAAGGUGUUUUGUUGUUUUAACCCAUUUUUGCAUCUUUUCCAUUUUGAGGCUGAGAGCUGUGUGGCUCCAGCACAUUUCUGAGGAUUUCCCCCGAGCCUGAAUAGCACUAGUCUCCCACCUUCAGAGGCCAGACACCUGGCAUUCCCCCUCAAAUGUUUAUGUGCUUACAGCUUGUUAGGUGCCGACACGCGCAGUGCAAAUACUCCUUUGAUCGAUUAGACAGCACGCAUCAGACCCGGUCACUGGAAGACCGAGGCCGCACAAACGCUGUGAGGUGCCAAUGCUGCCUCGCCCUGUCCCCGUCCCCACCCUGCCCCGGGCCUAGGCCGGAGAGAGAGGGUUUCCUUGAUCAUUGGAUUUGUAUUCACUGUAUUUACAGCCCAGAGAAGAGCCACCGGCACGGCAGACGAGCCCAGUGGGACUCAGGGGCUGAGCGUGUUGGAGUGAACUUACAGGUGGUGGGCCAGGACUGGGCUAUCAUGUUGGUAUUGAUAAGGAGACUGGCAGGUGCCCAGGGCUGCAGGGACAAAAGCAGGGCACAUGACAACACAUAAGCACUGGAAUUGCCCCCAGGGUGCAGCCCUGAGGUGAGGUGGCAGGGUUCGGGGCAGCUCUAGUCCCAGCAGGCAGUGGCCAGACUGACCAUGUGGUUCCCCAUAUUGUGUGUGUAGUGUAGUGUGAGGGAGGGGUAUUUGCUGUUACCUCCUGAGGGAGGUGGAGUUGAGGGGUGGGCUGGAGUUCAGUCUCUUGAAGACCUGAGUCCCAAGUGGCCCAGCCUCCCUGCCUGAGAGCACUGGACGGGGUCAGUCUGGUGGCCUGUGCCUUCUGUUGCUCACGUCUUGUCCGCGUUUGACUCACCCCACUUUCAAUGGCACUGUAGGCCCGCUUUCGGUAGAUGAAACCAGGCAUUCUGACCCAGGCGGCCUUGUGGGGACAUUUGUGCUGGUGAAACAGACCUAGCUAGCUGGUAGCUUGGUGGACUUUUGACUCUGGGGGAGCUUUUUGGUUUGGGGGUGCACGGCUUCAGAAGGGACUGCACUGUUGGUGCUUGGGUUUGCCAUUAAAUAGCUGAGUGCUGCUGUCCCUGCCGAUGCACCGGUGGUAUGAGACCCAACCUGCUGGGCGGAGCCCUUGCUGGCCCCCACCUGCUAUUGGGCUCGUUCCCAGUGACCACAGGAUGUGCUGCUGAGCACUGACCCCAACGGAGGCGACUCGUGUGUUUUGUCCUGCUCAGCACUGAGUGGCCCUCGCGACCCCAGUGCAGGCUGGCCCUGCUCCCUGCGUGUGCGGCUCCUGUCCUGGUGUCUUUCCAGAGCCCAGCAGGAAUACCGUCCUGCUCCAGUCCACUGGUCCUUGUUCAGAGUGCCUCUGCGGUAGGAGCUGGGCUCCCGGGAUCCCCUUAAGCUGUCACUUACCUGCCUGUAGCCUCCCACGGUCUGCUCCAGCUCCACCCUGGACAGGCAGGUGUGGGGCUGCCUGCUCCUCAGGGGCUCUGGCCCCGGCUUGCUUCUCUCCCUCCCCAGCCCUUUGGGGGUUAUCUUAGUGUGGUCUGGGGGACACUAAACUGUAGAGCAGUCUAAACACCCGAGAAAGCAGGAAGUUGUGGACCCCAAGGCCCCUCCCCUCGUGGGGCUGCGUCUGUAGCAGUUAUGACGGGACAGAGCCAAGAUGCGGGGGCUCUGGCGCUUCUGCCGCCGCCACCACCACAUCACAGGGCCAGCCCUGUGGCUCCACCAACAGCUUGGAUUAGUGUUCAUUUCUGCUGCAGGUCCCACUGGGAAGGUGGGGGUGAGCAAACACCCGAGUAUGCUAAUGAAUAGCUUUUCUCAGUUAAUGCUUUUCAACUGACCUCGGCUUCUUUCCAUGACAAAUGCCUAUUUCAGUGGGGCGGCCUGGAAGGUGGCACGUCUGGACCAAGGCAGAGUCACUGACUGCUCUGGGCAGCAGCGAGGUUCAGAGGUUAGAAUUGCUAUGCUCAGCACGUGGGCUUACGAGCCAUUGCCCCCACCAUUCCUACCACAGAGCCAGGAGAGGCAGGCGGUCUUGGGCAGCGGUUCCCAAAGUGCUUCUGAGCAGCUGCUUUGUCCAGCCAUUUCAGGGGGUCAGACGGAGCCAGAAUUGUUGGUAAGAAAACACGCCAACUUCCCUCCCUCGCCAGCCACUGUUCAUUGAGCCCAGUGAGCCGGGAGGGUGCCCGGCUGGCAGUCUCCUCGGUCCUGUGGGAUGAGGGUUCCAGCCGGCAGGCCUCCUCGGUGCAGGGCGGGGUGCCCCUCCAAGCACUUUGCUUGAAGUGACGUCUUGGUGCUAGUCAGAGGCCAUGGCCCCUUGUCCUGAGGCAGGCCGACCCUUUAGCCAAAGGGUGGUCUCCACAGGAGGGUCUUGCCCCUCCAACGGCCCACCACUAGGCCUGGGUGCAAUGGUUCAGGAGGGUCCCCGCUUGGUAGGGAGCCAAGUGUGCCCGGAGUUCAGCCUGUGGCUGUGCUGGGAUGGGGGAGCGGGGUGGUCCUCGGGGACUGAGUCCCCGCAUCCCACAUGGUCCCCUGUGGGGAUGCUGCUAUUUCUAAGAUGCAAAUUGCACAUUUCAUAAAUUUUAUACCUGUGGCUUUGGACAAGGGAGGGGAGUGGGGAGAAGCUGCUUGUACAGUUUGAAAUGGGCCUAAAUGAUACUUUAAACCUCUCGGCUGUUCCUAAAUAAAAAAAACUGUUUCA